CUACUUUUAUUACAUUUGCGCAUUAGUUUUAUCUUAUUCCUCAUUAACGCCAUUAAAGCGGAAAAAAAGCUUUCAAGAAAUAUUAAGCUCAGAUCUCGCAAUCACAAACCCUAGAAGCCAAACAUUGCGUUUUUUGAGCUCUGUGAUCUGAUCAGAAUAUUAAGGCGGUGGCCAAAAUUCAUGGCCUGGAGUGACCCUUUGUGUAUGGUUUAUCAACAAUGAAGUUUUGAUUACAUUGCUAAUCAGUAGUGGAAAACAUGAACAUCGUUAAGGGUGUGGCUGACCUGAUUCGAAGGACGUCCAGUAUCCAAUCUGGAGAGUCUACGUCUGGGUCAUCGGCUGAUAGGUUUCCACCUCCUGCUCCAAGAAUCCGCUUCAGUGAAGCAGGUGAUGAGGCAGUUUUACAUGCACUUUGGGAGAAAUAUGAGAGUGCUGUGGACAAGGUUGAAAAGAGAAAGCUGUUUCAUGUUUUCCUUAAGCAAUUUCUAAUGGUAUACAAAAAGUGGGAACCUGUAAAUACUGGCCAUUUACCAGAGUCUGCUUCAGUGACUGUUCCUACCAUGGAAUAUCCAUUACGAGUAGAUGAUAUAGUUGUAGGCUGCUCUUCUGGACACCCAGCUGAAGUCAUUCUUGUAUUGACUGAAGAGGUCACAAAAUUAAGCACUCUGGUCACUGAUUUAAAUACCACCGUGAUGCCCUCCAAAACGGACUUGCAAGAGGCUUCUACUAGCUUGAGUAUCCCCUCCGAAGGGUUGCAUGCAUUGGAUGCUUUAACAAUAAUAGCCCGUUCAAUACAUAAUUGCAGAGUUUUUGGAUAUUAUGGUGGGAUUCAGAGGCUAACAGCAUUAAUGAAAGGAGCUGUUGUCCAACUCAAAGCAUUAACUGGUGCAAUAUCUGGUGAUGAAAGUUUGUCUAAUGCUAUUGUAGAGAAGACCAAACUUCUGCAACAAAUACUUGUAUAUGUAGUGUCGAUAAUGUGUACCUUCAUUGAUUUGAAUACAAAUGAAUAUGAAAAAGCUCAGUUAUACAGUAGCUCUUUAGAUUUUCCUGUCUCAGGGUGGGAUGCGUUGUCGACCGGCUCUUCUAGUAUUUCAAAGAUUCCCACUGAGACAAGGCUGUAUUGGCAUCAGAAGGCAGUCAUGUCAGUGAUGGAAGCAGGUGGCCUCAAUUGGUUAGUAGAGUUGUUACGUGUCAUCAGAAGGUUUAGUUUGAAAGAACAUUGGUUGGAUGUAUCACUUCAGUACUUGACCAUGAGGACCCUUCAUUUAGCAUUAUCUGAUAAUCCACGUGGUCAAAAUCAUUUUAAAAGUAUUGGAGGGCUUGAAGUGCUGUUAGAUGGACUAGGGGUUCCAUCAAUUAAUGUGCUUUUGUUGAGGAAUGCCUUUCAUGUUGAUGAGAAGAGAAAUCAAAGCCUGUUGCUGAAAUUUUUCCAGCUUCACAUUCUUUCCUUGACAGUUUUGAGAGAGGCUGUCUUUGGAAACUUGAACAGCAUGCAGUUUCUAUGUGAAAAUGGAAGAAUUCAUAAAUUUGCAAAUAGCUUUUGUUCACUUGCUUUCAUGCUUCAAGAGUACCAGCAAAAGGCCAAGGAUUUGUCUAUACAGAACGAUUUUCAAAUGCCUGAUUUUAGGUCUAGUGACAAUUAUGCAAAGAUGGAGCCUACUUUUUCCCUGCCAGCUGGUGCUUCUUUUUCCCAAUUUUGGAGUGGAUAUGCUGUAAAUUUGAGCAGAGUGCUUUGUUCUUUCAUAGCUACUCCAGACAAUAUCAAAUCUCAUAAUGUCCCGUCUACCGCUGGUCGAAUUGCUAUGCCAGUUUCUUCCGUGUAUGGUGAACUUUCAGUUAAGUGGGCUGUGAGGGUUCUUCAUACUGUCUUCCUCUGCAUCAAGGCUUGUUCAAAUCAAAAUCAAUUGCCAAUCCAUUUAAGGGUCUUUGUCAAUGCUCUGCAGCAUUCUGUUCUUGAGGCCUUCAGGAAGAUUCUUGCUUCAACACCUUCAUCGCUUGAAGUAUUUAGGGAAGAGGGAAUAUGGGACCUUAUCUUCUCGGAGAAUUUUUUCUAUUUUGGGCCUGCUUCAGAAGAAGUUUCUGGAGAGUAUUUCACUUGCUAUGACAGAUUCAAGGAGAAGUAUGAAACUGCUUUUCCCUCUGGUAGCGCUGACAGCCAAACAAAGGCUAGUGGCAUUGAAAUCCUUCAGAUGGAAAUAGUUUCAUUUGUGGAAUUUGCAGCAACUUGUAAUGGAAGUGUGCAUAAUUUGCCUGAGUUAUCCGGUUUGUUGGAUGCCCUUGAACAAUGUGCCUAUCAUUCUGAGAUAGCUAAUGUGGUCGCAAAGAGUCUGGUUCGUGUCUUGCAGCUUUCAUCUGAGAAAACUGUUGCCUCCUUUAAGGCACUCAGUGCAAUUCCUCGUGUGCUCAAAGUUGCUUGCAUCCAAGCAAAAGAGUCGAGAAAGUCUGGAAGUGUAAGCCUGUCUCUUGAGAAAGUGCUUCCACCUUAUACUGAUGUGACAUCUGAUUUGCCUGAGACAGCUGAGAGUCGGCUUGAGUGCAUGGAAACAUGCAUGCAUCUGUUCACAGAAUUUUUCUCAAUAGCAGAUGAUGCGAGGAGUUCUGUUUUGCGUGAUAUGACUUGUAUCGAUUGUUUAUUUGAUUUAUUUUGGGAAGAAGGCAUGAAGAAUAUUGUGCUUGAGCACAUUUUUGACCUUAUGAAGAUAGUACCAUCAUCUGCAGAAGAUCAAAAGGCAAAGUUGCAAUUAUGUUCAAAAUAUUUAGAAACAUUUACUCAAAUAAAGGAAAGAGAGAAAAGUUUUGUACAACUGUCCAUUGAUUUAUUGGUUGGAAUGAGAGAGAUGCUCAGAACUGAUUCAGAGUACUAUCAGGCAUUGUUUCGUGACGGUGAAUGCUUUUUGCAUGUUGUCUCUUUAUUAAAUUAUGGUAAUCUUGAUGAGGCAAAUGGGGAGAAGUUAGUUUUAAAUGUUCUUCAGACUCUUACCUGUCUCCUUGCAAGUAAUGACAGUUCCAAGGCUUCAUUUAGAGCUCUUGUUGGCAAGGGUUAUCAAACCAUGCAAAGUUUGCUGUUGGACUUUUGUCAGUGGAGUCCAAGUGAAGCACUUUUGACUUCACUUCUUGACAUGCUUGUUGAUGGAAUGUUUGAUAUAAAAGCUAACCCUCUGAUAAAGAAUGAAGAUGUCAUCGUACUUUAUCUGAGUGUUCUGCAGAAGAGCAGUGAUUCUUUGCGGAACUAUGGGCUCAAUGUGUUUCUGCAGCUGAUCAGGGAUUCCAUUUCUAAUCGAGCUUCAUGCGUCAGAGCGGGAAUGCUUAAUUUUCUUCUUGAUUGGUUUUCUGAAGAAGAUAAUGAUAGUGCCAUUUUGAAAAUUGCACAACUGAUUCAGGUUAUUGGUGGACAUAGCAUAUCUGGGAAGGAUAUUCGUAAGAUCUUCGCUCUCCUACGAAGUGAGAAGGUUGGAAGCCGGCAGCAGUACUGCUCACUUUUGUUGACCACUGUGUUGUCAAUGCUAAAUGAGAAGGGACCUGCUGCCUUUUUUGAUCUCAAUGGGAAUGAUACUGGGAUCACUAUUAAAACACCUGUUCAGUUGCCUCUCAAUAAGGGUUUCUCGUUUUCAUGUUGGCUUAGGGUAGAAAGCUUCCCUAGAAAUGGAGCGAUGGGCCUUUUCAGUUUCCUAACUGAAAAUGGGAGAGGGUGCUUGGCAGUACUUGGGAAGGAUAAGCUUAUUUAUGAGUCGAUCAAUCUGAAGCGGCAAUCUGUUCAACUUCAUAUUAACUUGGUCAGGAAAAAGUGGCACUUUCUUUGUAUAACUCACAGCAUUGGAAGGGCAUUUUCUGGGGGUAGCUUGUUGAGAUGUUAUAUAGACAGUAGUCUUGUAUCAUCAGAAAGAUGCAGAUAUGCAAAAGUUAAUGAAUUAUUGACGAAUUGUAGAAUUGGCUCAAAAAUCACUUUGCCUCAGAAUGAAGAAGAUGGUUCUCUAGACUCCGUCCAAGAUAUAUUUUCUUUUCAUGGUCAGAUUGGUCCCGUUUAUGUAUUUUCUGAUGCUAUUUCAUCUGAGCAAGUCCAUGGCAUAUAUUCCUUAGGACCAAGCUACAUGUACUCAUUCCUUGACAAUGAAUCUGCACCAUUUUAUGAUAGUCCGUUGCCUAGUGGAAUUCUUGAUGCUAAAGAUGGUCUGGCAUCCAAAAUUAUCUUUGGACUAAAUGCACAGGCAAGUGAUGGCAGGAAAUUGUUUAAUGUUUCUCCAGUUUCAGAUCACACUUUGGAUAAGCAGACAAUUGAGGCGCAUGUAAUGGUUGGUACGCAGCUAUGUUCACGACGCUUGCUGCAACAAAUCAUUUACUGUGUUGGAGGUGUGUCUGUUUUUUUCCCUCUCAUUGCACAGUCUGAUAGAUAUGAAAGUGAAGAAAGUGGAUCUUUUGAACAUGCAUUACUUACUCCCAUCACAAGAGAGCGAUUGACAGCUGAGGUUAUUGAGCUUAUAGCUUCUGUAUUGGAUGACAACUUAGCAAAUCAACAGCAAAUGCAUCUUCUAUCUGGUUUUUCAAUACUGGGUUUCUUGCUGCAAUCAGUUCCACCGCAGCAACUUAAUCUGGAAACACUUUCGGCCUUGAAACAUUUGUUUAAUGUGGCUGCAAAUUGUGGUUUAGCGGAGCUUCUUGUGAAGGAUGCUAUAUCUAGCAUUUUUCUUAAUCCUUUCAUCUGGGUCUACACUGCAUAUAAGGUGCAGCGUGAACUGUACAUGUUUCUGGUACAGCAAUUUGACAAUGAUCCAAGGUUGCUCUCAAGCUUGUGUGGGCUUCCACGUGUUAUUGAUAUAAUUCGCCAAUUUUAUUGGGACAAUUCAAAAUCUCGAUUUGCUAUUGGAAGCAAGCCUCUUCUUCAUCCCAUUACCAAGCAAGUUAUUGGAGAGAGACCUCAUAAAGAAGAAAUACACAAAGUUCGUCUUCUUUUAUUGAGCCUUGGUGAAAUGUGCCUCAGGCAGAGUAUUGCAGCAGCAGAUAUAAAGGCUCUAAUAGCCUUUUUUGAAACAAGCCAAGAUAUGACCUGCAUUGAGGAUGUCCUGCAUAUGGUCAUCCGUGCUCUUUCUCAAAAACCACUUCUUAUUGCUUUCCUUGAACAAGUAAAUAUGAUUGGUGGUUGCCACAUUUUUGUCAAUCUGCUUCAGAGGGAACAUGAGACCAUCAGAUUGCUCAGCUUGCAGUUCCUAGGAAGGCUCUUGGUUGGCUUACCAUCUGAAAAGAAGGGGCCAAGAUUUUUCAGUCUUUCUGUUGGAAGAUCAAGAUCUCUUUCAGAAAACCAGAAGAAGAACAGCUCAAGGAUGCAGCCUAUCUUUUCAGUUAUCUCUGACAGGCUGUUCACAUUUCCGCUGACAGAUAAUUUAUGUGCUAGCUUGUUUGAUGUUCUUCUUGGUGGUGCUAGUCCCAAACAGGUUCUACAGAAAAACAGCCAGGUUGAAAAGCCAAAAAAUAAAGGAAAUAGCUCUCAUUUCUUUCUUCCUCAGAUCUUGGUUCUCAUUUUCAGAUUCUUGUCUACCUGUGAGGAUGUAUCUGCAAGAACAAAAAUAAUUAGAGAUUUGCUCGAUUUACUUGAUUCAAGUUCUUCGAAUAUUGAAGCUCUAAUGGAGUACGGAUGGCAUGCCUGGUUAACAGCUUCUUUAAAGCUUGACGUGUUGAAAGAAUACAAAAUUGAGUCUCGGAACUACAAUGAAAAUGAGUUGCUUGAGCAGAACUUGGUUAGGAGUUUAUUUUGUGUUGUUCUUUGUCAUUAUAUAUUUUCUGUAAAAGGUGGCUGGCAACGGUUGGAUGAAACAGUGAAUUUCCUCCUCCUGCACUGUGAGCAUGGUGGCAUACCAUACCGAUACUUUCUUCGUGAUAUUUUUGAGGACCUGGUUCAAAGGCUGGUUGAUUUUUCUUAUGAUGAAAAUAUUUUUUCUGGGCAACCAUGUCGUGAUAAUGCUCUAUUUCUUCUACGGAUGAUUGAUGAGAUGCUUGUCUCUGAUGUUGACCAUAAAGUUCUGUUUCCAGCAAAUGGCUUGGAUAUGUCUCCUGAUUCUAUAGAAUUUGAAACUCAAAAGGAUUAUGACUUCUCACUAUAUGAGAUCUUGCAAGGAGAAUUUGAUAACCAAACAUUAAGAAAUCCAUGGGCUUGCAAGCACCCAAUCACACUUGAAGAUGACCUAAUUGAUGAUAAGUGGUGGAAUCUAUAUGACAAUUUGUGGAUUAUCAUCAGUGAGAUGAAUGGUAAGGGGCCGAGCAGGAUGUUACCCAAGUCGGCAUCAACAGUUGGACCCUCAUUUGGCCAAAGAGCACGUGGCCUAGUCGAAUCAUUGAACAUUCCAGCUGCAGAAAUGGCUGCAGUUGUUGUAUCUGGAGGGAUUGGAAAUGCCUUGGGUGGAAAACCAAAUAAAACUGUUGAUAAAGCCAUGCUUUUAAGAGGGGAGAGGUGCCCAAGGAUUGUGUUUCGACUUGCAUUUGUAUAUCUUUGCAAAUCUUCUCUAGAAAGAGCAUCACGGUGUGUCCAACAGGUCAUUUCACUUUUGCCUUCUCUUCUGGCUGCUGAUGAUGAGCAGAGUAAGAGCAGAUUGCAGUUUUUCCUCUGGGUUUUGCUUUUUAUAAGGUCCCAAUAUGGGAUGUUAGAUGAUGGUGCUCGUUUCCAUGUUAUAUCACACUUGAUUCGAGAAACAGUCAACUGUGGGAAAGCAAUGCUUGCUACUGCCAUUGUGGCUAGAGACGACUCUUCUGAUUCGGGGACUAACUCAAAGGAUACAGGCUCCAUUCAUAAUCUGAUUCAAAAGGAUCGGGUCCUAAUGGCGGUCUCUGAGGAGUUAAAAUAUUUAAAGACAUCAGUAUCUGAUCGCUCCAAGCAGUUGCUUGAGCUUCGUGCUAGGAUGGAUGAAACUACCUCUGUAGAGACUGCUAAUAAGAAAGCAUUUGAAGACGAAAUACACAGCAGCCUGAACACAAUCCUUGCUUCAGAUGACAGCAGAAGAGCUACAUUCCAGUUCGCUCAUGAGGUGGAUCAGCAAAAUGUAGCUGCAAAAUGGAUACACAUGUUCCGCACGUUGAUUGAUGAGAGAGGGCCCUGGUCAGCUAAUCCUUUUCCAAAUUGUGUAGUAAUGCAUUGGAAACUUGACAAGACAGAGGAUGCGUGGCGACGCAGGCCCAAGUUAAGACGGAAUUAUCAUUUUGAUGAUAAGCUUUGUUAUCCUCCAUCCACUAUCUCAAGUUACGAGGAUACUUCAUCUGUUAAUGAAAGCAAAUCUAGUUUCGUGGGGCAUAUUCCUGAGCAAAUGAAGCGGUUUCUGCUGAAAGGAGUGCGCAGGAUAACUGACGAGGGGAGUUCAGAAGUUAGCGAAAAUGAUGCUGAACCUAACAGCCAAAAUGCAUCCAUUUCUGAGGAUCUUUCUGAGAGUCAUUAUUCGGACCUAGCUAAAGGAAACAGUGAUCAGAAGGAUGUGAUACAGGACGGCCAAGACCCUUCUUCCUCCUCACAGGAGACAGAACCUAGUGAGGUUCUUAUGUCAGUUCCAUGUGUACUUGUGACACCAAAGAGAAAAUUAGCAGGAAAAUUGGCAGUCAUGAAAAAUUUCUUGCACUUUUUUGGGGAGUUUCUGGUUGAAGGUACUGGAGGAUCAUCUGUUUUCAAAAACUUUGAUGCUGCAGGCAGUACUGAUGCCACCAAACUUGAACAGAAAAGCAAGUCUCUGAAAUGGCCUGUACAUGAUUUUAGUAGUCUGAAAGGGGUUUCUGUUGAUAAUGUAGAGACAGUAAAUGAAAAUGCACAUCAAAGACAGUUAAAGCAUGUCAAGCGGCAUAGAAGAUGGAACAUUGCCAAGAUUAAAUCAGUCCAUUGGACUCGGUAUCUACUUAGAUACACUGCUAUAGAAGUUUUUUUUGGUAAUUCAGUUUCGCCAGUCUUUUUGAAUUUUGGGUCACAAAAGGAUGCAAAAGAAGUUGGGACUCUAAUAGUUGCUACUAGAAAUGAAUUCCUGUUUCCAAAAGGAAGUAGUAAGGACAAAAGUGGAACUAUUAUGUUUGUCGAUAGACGUGUAGCCCUGGAGAUGGCAGAGAUUGCCAGAGAAAGCUGGAGGAGAAGGGAUAUAACGAACUUUGAAUACCUAAUGAUUCUCAACACACUUGCAGGGAGGUCUUAUAAUGAUUUAACACAAUAUCCUAUCUUUCCUUGGGUCUUAGCUGAUUAUUCAUCUGAGGUUCUCGAUUUUAACAAGUCAUCAACAUUUCGUGAUCUUACUAAACCUGUUGGGGCACUUGAUGCGAAACGGUUUGAGGUGUUCGAAGAUCGAUACCGUAACUUUUCUGAUCCUGAUAUACCCAGUUUCUACUAUGGGUCUCAUUACUCAAGUAUGGGGAUUGUGCUGUUUUAUCUUCUUAGAUUAGAGCCAUUCACAUCACUUCAUCGUAAUUUGCAGGGUGGUAAAUUUGAUCAUGCGGAUCGUCUUUUCCAAAGCAUUGAAGGGACAUACAGAAAUUGCCUAUCUAAUACAAGUGAUGUCAAGGAAUUGAUUCCUGAGUUCUUUUACAUGCCAGAAUUUCUUGUUAACUCAAACUUUUAUCAUCUUGGAGUCAAACAAGAUGGAGAGCCAAUAGGAGAUGUUUGUCUCCCUCCUUGGGCUAAGGCCUCUCCUGAAUUAUUUAUAAAUAAAAAUCGAGAGGCCCUGGAAAGUGAAUAUGUUAGUUCAAAUCUGCACCACUGGAUUGAUCUAAUAUUCGGUUAUAAGCAGCGGGGAAAACCGGCAGUGGAGGCUGCCAAUAUCUUCUAUUAUUUAACAUAUGAAGGAGCUGCCGAUUUAGAUACGAUGGAAGAUGAGUUGCAGAGAUCAGCUAUUGAAGACCAAAUUGCAAAUUUUGGCCAGACUCCAAUCCAGAUCUUCCGUAAGAAACACCCAAGAAGAGGGCCGCCAAUUCCAAUUGCUCAUCCUUUGCAUUUUGCACCUGAUUCCAUUAAUUUAACAUCCAUUAUGUCUAGCACAAGUCAUCCACCAUCAGCGGUAUUAUUUGUUGGCAUAUUGGACUCGAAUAUUGUCCUAGUAAACCAAGGACUCACCUUGUCAGUGAAGCUGUGGUUGACCACUCAAUUGCAAUCUGGUGGCAAUUUUACCUUCUCUGGUGUCCAGGAACCAUUUUUUGGAGUUGGUUCUGAUGUUCUUUCUGCUCGAAGAAUUGGUAGUCCUUUGGCUGAAAACAUUGAACUCGGAGCACAAUGCUUUGGAACAAUGCAAACACCUACUGAAAACUUUUUGGUCUCAUGUGGUAAUUGGGAAAACAGCUUCCAAGUCAUUUCCUUGAAUGAUGGAAGAAUGGUGCAGAGCAUUCGACAGCACAAAGAUGUGGUCAGCUGUGUGGCAGUGACAGCUGAUGGUAGUAUCCUUGCAACCGGAAGCUAUGACACUACAGUGAUGGUGUGGGAAGUUCUCCGUGUUCGAGGCUCAGAAAAGAGAGUUCGAAGCAUGCAGACUGAGCUACCUCGUAAAGAAUAUGUUAUUGCUGAAACUCCUUUUCAUAUUCUAUGUGGGCAUGACGACAUAAUUACAUGCUUAUAUGUCAGUGUCGAGCUUGAUAUAGUUAUUAGUGGUUCCAAAGAUGGAACUUGUGUUUUCCAUACCCUAAGGGAAGGAAGAUACAUAAGAUCUUUAAGGCAUCCUUCUGGCAGUGCAUUGUCCAAGCUUGUGGCCUCUCGGCAUGGACGAAUAGUGUUUUAUGCUGAUGAUGAUCUCAGUCUUCAUCUGUAUUCUAUUAAUGGGAAACAUCUUGCAACUUCUGAAUCCAAUGGUCGCCUCAACUGUGUUGAACUUAGUGGAUGCGGGGAGUUUCUGGUUUGUGCAGGUGACCAAGGACAGGUAGUUGUACGCUCCAUGAACACACUUGAUGUUGUGAAAAGGUACAAUGGAGUUGGAAAGAUAAUCACAUGUCUGACAGUAACCCCAGAGGAGUGCUUCUUGGCUGGGACUAAAGAUGGAAGCCUUCUUGUGUACUCUAUAGAAAAUCCUCAACUUCGAAAAACUAGUGCUCCUAGAAAUGUGAAAUCAAAAGCUGCUGUAACGGGAUAGAUCAUAUUGACUGAUCAGAGUCCUGCAGUUGACAGGUGCUGUUUGCCGAGUUUAUCUCUGAAUAUUUGAGCGCGAUCGAUCGUAACAAGUGCUUUGUUUAUAGACCAAACAGAUUUGUCCUAUCUGGGCUAUAUCUAUAUCAUGUGCUUCUGGCAUGAAGUAAAUCUCAAGCGGUAUGGAGGCCAGCAUUAACAGAUAGGAAACAGAUUAAAGCUUCAGCUUCAUAUUGCAAUAUACUCCAACCUCAAAUAAUUUGCACAAUACAGGUUCUCUCCUAUAACAGCAGGAGUUGAGCCAAUAUUGGCUCUUACAAAUUUAGUUUUUCUCCCCUCUCUAUCUUUUGAGGAGGUGAGCAAGGAUAGUGUUUGCACAUACAUGUACAUUAUUUUCUUAUAGGAUAGACUAGAAAUGUGUUUCGGUAACAACAGCACCUCAUUUUCUCCUUUGUUUAGUGCAUAGCAGGUGCUGAUCCUAAAAUACUUUGUAUAGAUAGCUGAAUUGCCUCCAUAAUUGGCAAUCUGGCAAUGUGAAACUGUGACUUGUACUUUAUAGGGCAAAUUGUGAAUGUCUUUGGAGAAUAGCAUUACUAUAGUAAAGAUCUAACUCAAUGCGAAUAUAAAUGGAAUAUCUGCCAUUUGAACA